AUGGGCGCCGACAACACAGGCUUCUCACAUGGCGGCUUUCACUCAUCUCAGCCAUCCAUUGGCGGUCAGGGGCGAGGACACUUUCACCGUGAGAGCAAUGUGCAACCAAUCAACACCAUGAGACAACAGAUGCCGUCGAACAACUACAACACCAACGGUACAGAUAUGCAGACGCCACAGACCGGCUUUGAUAUGAAUUUCACUCCGCUGUUGCCGUCGGGUCUGCUCAUGGGCAGCCCCUUUCAGCCAGGCUCUCCUUCGACCUUUCAGUCACCUCAGUUCCAGAGCUUUGGGAACUUUCAGCAGCAGAAUGGGGGAGGUCGCAACUCCCAAAAUAUGAACAUGAACGGGUUCCAGCAGCAGCAGGGUCCCAUGUCGCCUGUCUACCAGAAUGUCGGCUCUCCCAUCAGCGCUCAGUCCUACUUCGGGAACAUGCAAUCGCCCACUGGUGGCUUCAAUGCAAUGGCGCCAGCGAACUAUGGUGGCUACGGACCGCCAAUGCAGCUUGCGCCUGUGUACCUGGGCAACAUACCUCCGGACACGCCUGCCGAAGAGAUUCUCAGCCAUGUCAGGAGCGGUCAGAUUGAGUCCGCUCGUCUGCUGCCGGACAAGAACUGCGCUUUCAUCUCGUUCCUCGAUGGCAGCUCCGCGACGCAUUUCCACUCUGAUGCCAUUCUGAAGAAGCUGUCCAUCAAAGGCCAAGACAUCAAGAUUGGCUGGGGCAAGCCUUCGUCAGUCCCGACUUCUGUCGCCCUCGCCGUGCAACAGUCGGGCGCUUCUCGCAAUGUGUACCUCGGGAACUUCUCUGAGGAAACGACUGAGGAUGAGUUGAGGGAGGAUCUGAGCAAGUUUGGCCCCAUUGACACUGUCAAGAUCGUCCGCGAGAAGGCUAUCGGCUUCGUUCACUUCUUGUCGAUUGGCAAUGCGAUCAAGGCCGUCACCCAGCUGCCUCAGGACCCAAAGUGGCAGGCUCCUCGUAGGGUGUACUACGGCAAGGACAGGUGCGCCUACGUUUCAAAGACGCAGCAGCAGAACGCUGCGCAGUAUCUCGGCAUCGCGCCAGGGUACGCACACGUCCUCAACGGUGCGGACCGGGACCUAAUCACCAAUGCACUGGCGCAGCAGUCGGUUGCUGCUGCUGCUGUGGCCACCACCGCUGGAGGCGUCAACAACUUGGGCAACCGAACCGUCUACCUUGGUAACAUCCACCCUGAGACAACGAUCGAGGAGAUCUGCAACGUUGUGCGAGGAGGUCUGCUGCAUCACAUUCGCUACAUCCCUGACAAGCACAUCUGCUUCGUCACAUUCAUCGACCCGACGUCUGCGGCUUCGUUCUACGCCCUCAGCAACUUGCAAGGGCUGAUGAUCCACAACCGCCGCCUGAAGAUCGGUUGGGGCAAGCACUCCGGCGCUCUGCCACCAGCCAUUGCGCUCGCUGUCUCCGGCGGUGCCUCACGAAAUGUCUACAUCGGCAACCUGGACGAGACCUGGACCGAAGAACGCCUCAAGCAGGACUUCCAAGAGUACGGCGAGAUCGAGCUUGUCAAUACCCUCCGCGAAAAGAGCUGCGCCUUCGUCAAUUUCACCAACAUCGCCAACGCCAUCAAAGCCAUCGAGGCUGUCCGCGGCAAGGAAGAGUACAAGCGCUUCAAAGUCAACUUCGGCAAAGACCGCUGCGGCAACCCUCCCCGCCAGCAGAUGCAGCUCCAACAGCGCAACCAGGAGCAGCAGCAGCAGCAACAAAACCAACCCCAGCAGCCCCAGCCCGGCUCCGAGAACAGCGUCUCCUCCCCCUCCCCCAUCAACGGCCUGCAGCCCAGCCGUACCCAAAACUCCAUCUCCCCCGCCUCCUCCGGCCCGGGCAUGAACGGCUACAACCCCCUCCACGGCCCCACGGCCUCCACAGUCUUCAACACCGGCACCAACAAUCCCCUCACGCUCUACCUCGCCAACGCCCACCAAGCUGCCGCCGACCAGCAGCAGCAGCAAGCGCAGCAGCAUUCCCCACAGCAACGCGACGAGCUGUCCCCGCUGUCCUUCCAACCAACCCACCAAUACACCUACUCCCACCAACCCUCCUCCGCCAUCUCCACCACCCAAGCAGCCUUCUACUCUUCCCCCAACGAGACCCGCUCCGCCGGAGGCAGCGGCGGCCUCGAGCCCCCGACCCAAAGCGCCUUCGGCCACGGCAGCCACCAGAGCAUGAACAUCCAACCCCUCACCAACGGCUUCUCCUCCUCCAACAGCGGCAGCGGCAUGGGCAUGGGCGGUUUCAGCAACUCCAACUCCGCGCAGAACGCGAGGAGUAGCGCGCAUAACCGCGCCGUGAGCCUGCCGGCUUUCUCGCUGCAGGCGGCACAGCAGGCGCAGCAGCAGCAGGCGAUGCAGCAUGGGUUUGCGGGACUGGGGCAGGGGUUGAGUGGGUUGGGGUUGGGGAUGAAUGAGGGGAGUUCGGGGUUGCAGGGGUGGGCGGAGGAGGAGGUUGUGUAG